GCAUGGGUCUUUUCGCCCCUAAGCAGCCCCGGUGAAUUUUGUCCUUUACCAACCACAAGAACCAUGGCGACGGCAGUGUUCAAGAACAUCUCGCCUAUUCCUGACGUUAACACGUUCUUGGACGUGGUACUUUCUCGUACACAGAGAAAAACACCCACUGUUAUUCGUGCUGGUUUUAAGAUCUCUCGUAUCCGUGGUUUUUACGCUCGCAAGGUCAAAUUCACCGAGGAUACCUUUAGUGAAAAAUUGAAUGCCAUUUUGACGGAGUUUCCCAAGCUCAAUGACAUUCAUCCUUUCCACGCAGAUCUUCUCAACAUUCUUUAUGAUCGUGAUCAUUUGAAAAUUGCCCUCUCGCAACUUUCCACUGCUCGUCACUUGAUCGAAAAUGUUGCUCGUGAUUAUAUUCGUCUUCUCAAGUAUGGUGACAGUUUGUAUCGGUGUAAGCAACUGAAGCGUGCUGCCCUUGGUCGUAUGGCAACUAUCAUCAAACGUCAGAAGUCUUCUCUCGAAUUCUUAGAGCAGGUCCGUCAACACAUGUCUCGUCUUCCCGCCGUAGAUCCCAACACGCGUACGCUGUUGGUGUGCGGUUACCCCAACGUGGGUAAAUCUUCGUUUAUGAACAAGAUUACUCGUGCUCAAGUCGAUGUGCAGCCCUAUGCUUUCACAACAAAAUCUCUUUACGUUGGUCAUUUUGACUACAAAUAUCUCAGAUGGCAAGUCAUUGAUACCCCAGGUAUUUUGGACCAUCCUUUGGAGCAGAUGAAUACGAUCGAAAUGCAGUCCAUUACUGCUAUGGCUCAUCUUCGUGCGGCAGUUCUUUACUUCAUGGAUCUGUCUGAACAAUGUGGUUACAGUGUCGCUGCUCAGAUCCAGCUUUACCACAACAUCAAGCCUUUAUUUGCUAACAAGGUCAUUCUUCUUGUGGUAAACAAAAUCGAUGUCGUAAAACCCGAGGACUUGGACCCCGAGCAACAAGAGAUGCUCAAUUCAAUCCUUGCCGAUGGCAAUGUUCGCAUGGUGCAAACAAGUUGUGUCAGCGACAUCGGUGUUAUGGAUGUCCGUAACAGUGCAUGCGAGGCAUUGUUGACCGCUCGUGUCGAGCAAAAGCUGAAGGGAACUCGUGUUAACAACAUUUUGAACCGUAUUCACCUCGCUGAGCCAUCAGCUCGUGAUGAGGUGGAGCGUCCUGCAUUCAUCCCUGAUGCCGUAAAAACUCGUCGUGCCUACGAUCGCAAUGACCCCAUGCGUCGUCUCCUUGCCCGCGACAUUGAGGAGCUUAAUGGUGGUGCUGGUGUCUAUAGCGUCAACUUGCGCGAGAAGUAUCUUCUUGCCAAUGAGGAAUGGAAGAAUGAUAAUGUUCCUGAAAUCAUGGACGGAAAGAACGUUGCUGACUUCGUUGAUCCCGAAAUUGAAGCCAAACUUUUGGCUCUUGAUGAAGAGGAAGAGCGCUUGGAGCGUGAAGGUUAUUACAACUCUGACGAGGAGAUGGAGAACGAGGAAGAGGAGGUUCUUCUUGACAAAGCACAAAAAAUUCGCGAAAAGAACAAGCUGCUCAUGCUUGCAGCUCGUCACAAGAAAAUCAAAAACAGACCCGUGUUACCUCGUACUGCUGGUCUUCGCACCUUGGACGAGCUUCAGUCGUCUCUUAACGAAGCUGGCCUUCCCACCGAGUCUAUUGAGGAGCGUGCUCGCUCUAAGCUGCGUGAUGCCACCGCUGGUGUCGCACGUUCCGGUGCUGAUGUCUUGUUGAGUGAAGCGCCUGAAAUUCGCGCUAAGUCUAUGGCUGCUCGUUCCCAAAGCAAUCGUCGGGAGGACGGUAUCAAGGCCGAGUCCGCACGUUCUCACGCCGAGCGCGUCGCUCGCCUCAAACAACAGCAUCGUAAUCGGAUGGCUCGUGCUUCCGAGAGUGACAGACACAUUAUGGACUCUCGUCCUAAGCACUUGCUUAGUGGCAAGCGUGGUAUUGGCAAGACGACAAGAAGAUAAAACGUUUACGGUUUUUGGGGUGGGUUUUUUGUUAUAUCUAAUUACUUGAUACUUGCACAAUUGGAUUUGUUAAACUUUUUGGUUUCAUUACGUUUAUCUCAGACAGUUUUACAAUAGUGGGCGUGCUUUGUUUUAUUCAUUGGUUUAACGGUAUUUUCUUAUCUCGUUUCAUUAUUUCAUUUAGAGGGUCUCCUUUGCAUUAAAGUAGCCAAUAUUAACCGGAUCCGUAUUCGUUUUUUGGUAUUUCGCCAUAGGGACGUUUGUGAAACCAGAAGUGUCUCUUUCCUCAACACCAAAGAACUCUGGAG